AUGACGUUUAAAAAGCGUACCAUUAAAGGUAGAGAUCAGAAGAAAGCCGAUUUAUCGAAAACUAAGGAAGAUGAGUUUGACUUUGAGAAUAAAGGCGAAGUUUUAAUUAAAAAGCGUAAGACGCUGACAUUGCAAGGCAUAAAAGACAAUAAUGACGAUAAAGAAGAUAUAAAAGAUGACAAGGUUAAUAAAAAUGAGCAUACUAGCAGUGAAAUUGCGUCUAAACUUGAUGAUGUAUUAACGGUAGGGAAUGAAGAUAUGGAACAUGCAUACAAAAGAGAUAUAGAAAAACGGUUGGGAGGCGGCAUAGAGUUUACAGCCCCUGGGAAGACGGCUUCAGUGGCUGGAGUUCAGAAAAAGAUUAUUACAGACUAUCAGCCGGAUGUUUGUAAGGAUUUCAAACAAACCGGGUACUGUGGUUAUGGCGACAGUUGUAAAUUUCUACAUUCUCGAGAUGACUUCAAGGCUGGCUGGAAGUUGAAUGAAGAGUGGCGGGUGGAAGAUUUGGCACGGGAGAAGCUAGAAAAGGAGUUAGAGAAGAUUCCUUUUAGAUGUGUUAUAUGUAAGGGCGAAUACAAGUCACCUGUCGAGACUAAUUGCCAUCACUACUUCUGCAGUUCGUGCUUUAUGAAACGAUCGAAAUCGACAACUAAGUGUGCUAUAUGUGGACAAGAAACACAGGGGGUGAUGAAGUCUGCUACGAAGCUCAAAAAGCUGCUUGCAGAGCAAGUUUCGUAG